AUAGAACAGCCGGAAACCACUAGAGGUCGCUGUGACUCAACAGGAGAUUACGACAGGUACUUCUUCUUGACGGCUCGUGAUGACAUGUCAAUAACAAACAUGGCAACCAGCAGCGACUACUGGGAAGAUUUGCGUAAACAGGCCCGACAGCUGGAGAAUGAGCUGGAUCUCAAGCUGGUCUCCUUCAGUAAGCUGUGCACCAGCUACAGCAGCAGGGACCAGCGGACAAGAGACAACAGGUCUGAUUCUCUCGGCUCUUCUCAAGACAACAUGCUCGUGGCCAUGACUACGGAGCUCGAGCAGCUUUUGUCAAAACUUUCAGCAGUCAAUGACAAAAUGGCAGAAUACACAAACACUCCUGGACGUUCAUCACACAACGCAGCGUUGAUGCACACCUUACAGAGACACAGAGAUAUUUUACAGGACUACACUAAUGAGUUCCACAAAACCAAAACCAACUUCUUCAGCCUGAAAGAGCGAGAGGACCUGCUGGGUUCUGUUCACAGAGACAUCGAGUCUUUCAAGAGCAGCUCAGGAGUGAAUAACAGACGGACUGAACUCUACCUGAAGGAGCAUGAACAUCUCAGGAACUCAGAUAGUCUGCUCGACAGUGCAAUAAGUAUUGCCAUGGCUACCAAAGAGAACAUCACUUUUCAGCGUGGGAUGCUGAAGUCUAUUCAAACCAGGGUCACAACUCUGGCCAAUCGUUUCCCCACCAUCAACAGCCUCAUCCAGAAAAUCAAUUUGCGCAAGAGGCGGGACUCUUUAAUUCUAGGCGGGGUGAUCGGCGUCUGCACCAUCCUGCUGCUGCUCUACACUUUCCACUGACCGGACCGGACAAGACACCUCCAAGUGAAACACGAAACAAGGGUUGCAGCACUUUUUUAACGUUUUCCAAAGCUUCCCUCUCUUAUUUUCAUAAAAAAAAAGUCAAAUAAAUAUCUUUUUUGAAGUCUUAAAUUGAAGUGUAAGGGUUCCCUCUCUCAGAUUGAGUUUAUUUAUGAUCUGCUUCUAUCCUGUCUUCAUUAUGACUCUUUAUAAAUGUACUGUACUGGGAUUGUUUCCUGUUAAUGCUCUUCAUAUGAUGAAAUAAAGGCGCGCACUCACUUUGAA